AUGUCGUCACAGAUUUCACGGAUUUCACAGGACUCGGAUGCCCCAGACGCGUCAGGUUGGUCGGCGUCGCUGUAUAAUAAAACAGCUUCGUUCGUCUAUUCGGCUGGAUUUGUCGCACCGGUCCUGAACCUACUCGCCGCGCAACCAGGAGAGCGUAUUUUGGACGUAGGUUGUGGGAGCGGAGAAGUCACGUUUGUAAUUGACAAGGUCGUUAGGCGACAGAAAGGAGGCCUGGUUGUAGGAGUGGAUUACAGCGAGAGCAUGAUCGAAAAGGCCAAGGCGAACGGAAUUGAACACGCGUUCAUUGGCGACGCGCAGGCUCUUCAGAUUCCGGAAGAGUUCCAGGAGCACGUUGGAAAGUUCGACGCGGUCUUCAGCAAUGCAACGUUGCAUUGGUGCAAACAAAAUCCAGCAGGGGUUCUUGAGGGCGUCAAGAAGGUCUUGAAGCCAGGAGGAAGAUUCGUCGCAGAGAUGGGCGGAUUUCUUAAUUGCAUCGGUACAGAUUUAUCGCUUUUUUGGCGGACAACUUUGCUAAAACUCGUGUUGUAUUCAGGAUUGCGGAUGGCUUUGUCUGAGGCAGUCCGUUCGCGUGGUCGAGACCCGAAGGUCUAUGAUCCUUGGUAUUUCCCAUCCGUUGAGGAUUAUACAAAGCUCCUGGUCGCAGCAAACUUCGAACCGAUCCAUAUCUCUUUGAACCCACGAUUCACGGAGAUACCUUCGGGUUUGUACGACUGGAUGAAGUUGUUCGCUCGAAACUCAUUCCUCAUCGAUUUUAACGAUGAAGAGGCCGAUGAAAUUAUGAAGGAAGUCGAGGAGAAAUGUCGCGUAGAUUGUCAAGAUGAAAGUGGGAGGUGGGCCUUGAUGUACGCCAGAUUGAGGUUCUCUGCUGUUCUGAAAUAA